AUGCUGGGAGCCCAGCGCCGGCCCGGAGAAGGUGGGGGGUGCCCGGAAGGCGGGCGGGAAGGUGAGGAGCCGGGAGGUGCCGGGCAGUUGCGGCCGCGGGGGGCCAGGCCGCGGCGGGGCCGAGGGCACCGGCGGGGCGCCGAGGGCACCGGCCCCCCUCCCCGACCCCUCCCCGGGCGCGCGCCAACUCCGCCGCACGGCCCAAGUUCGCGGCUCCCGCCCGGAGCCCGCCGCCAGCGCUUACCUCGCCGUGGGCCGCCCGCCGAGGCCGGAGGGCAGCGGCGCGGGUCCCGGGGCGGCGGCCGCACAGCGCCCGCCCAGGCGCCGCUCUUUGUCUGCGCCGCUCCCUCCUCCCGCCGCUCGGCGGACGCUGCCGGCCCGGGCGGACCCCGCCGGCCCGGCCGCCGCGAGCCUCCCGCCGCCGAGCCCUCCCCGCCGCCUGCCGCCCGCUCGGCCGCGCGGCUCCGGCCUGACGAUCCCCGCGGCGGCGGCGGCGGCGGCGGCGGAGGCGGCGGCGACCCUCCCCCGGCGCGCUGCGCCCGCCUCCUCCGCGCGGUUCCUCCUCCUCCUCCUCCCGCCGCUCCUCCCCGGCCGCGCCGCGACACCGCCCAGGGGCCGGCCCGGGCCCGCGCGCGGGGCGGGGGCCAGACACCCACCUGGGGGCGCGCAGGCAGAGCCGGGGCUCGCGGCGCGGCCGGGCUCGGGCACGGCCCGGACACCCGGCGCUCCGGCGCGGCGGGCACCGGGGGAGGUGGGGUGGGGGGGCGCGGGACCGGCGCGGACGCGGAGCAGAGGUCCCCGCUCCCCAAACUGCCCGCUCGGGGAGUGCGGUAG